AUAUUAUAAAGCACAAUAGAUAUUUAGUGAAUAUUUGAUAAUAAAAAUUAAUAAUGGAUAAUUAAAAAAAGUGCCUUUUUGAAAAAUUUGGGGGAGACCAGCAAGUUUCUGAACUAAUAGAUUAAUUCUAUUAUAAAGUGCUGUUUGAUAAGUUACUUAGAGAAAAAUUUUUGAAGGCAGAUAUGAGUAGAGUUCGAUAUCAAUAAAAACGAUUCUUUGCCUAAAUGAUGGGCGAUUCCAAUACUUAAUAUACAGGAAGGUUGUUUAUUUGUUUAUAUAUUAAUAGAGAUUUAAUAGAGGUCCACAAAAAUCUCAACAUCAAUAACUAAUAAUUUGAUAAAUUUAAAACACAUCUCAAAAAUAUUGCAAAAGACAUGGAAAUACCAAGUGAUGAUAUAGAUGAGUUACUUCUACAUGUUGAAAAACAUAGAAACCUAAUUGUUUUCUAAAAAUGAUAAAAUGCUUAUGUAUUUGGUUAUUCUUA